UCCACUUUCGUGGGAAAUUUCGUUCGGGAACUAACUAUCGGGAACCCAGUUGAAAGAAAAAAGAUGUCAGACAGACAUGUUAGAUGCGGAUUAAGGUGUACAAAUUUUCCACAAUCAACUUGUUUAUUAUGUGUUGCUGGGUGUGUUAUCGUGAUCUUUCAUUUUCAUAAUCAGGCAGGGAUGAUCGGUCUAGCUAUUAGCCUUUAUGUUCAUGACCACCUAUAAACUUACAACUGGUGAUGUGACGAGAGUCCACGGAAUCUGCACACACCACAGGAAUUGUUAAGAGAAAAGUUCAGUUGCUGCAUCGACUAUGAGAACGGAUCUGUUCAACAGUAAUUUAAAGUCUUGUGAAUGAUAGAGGCUCUACUCUUGCUUUCCCGUGGUUCAAGCUCCAGACUUUAAUUUUCCGGGCAUUUUUUUCAAGCUGAAGACCUCAGGAAUUAUCUAUAUCAACCUAUAUUGGAGCAGAAGGAGAUGUUCUAAAACUCAGAAUCUACUCAAGGUUAUGAGCGGAGAGAGAGUUCAGAGACCAAGGCUGCAAAUUUUGUUGUCUGUCAUCCAAGUUUUUAUUAAAGCAUAAACUCACCCAGGCUUUGCAGAACAGAUGGCUCAAAACAACGGAAUGAAAACACAGAUAGAAGUGUCUGUUUCUGAAGGACAGGUAGGCUUUAUUAAAGAUCAGAUUGGUACUUUUGAGGACUGCACUGUUGAAUAUAAUCACAGCACCGCGAAAGUCCUCUUGAGGGGUAACAAUGACAAAGUAACUGCUCGGAGAAUAAAGAUACUGACAUCAUUGAGUGAAGUACGUGAACAAAGUAUAGAACUGAGUGCGGCGCAAAAGGCUAUUCUCGACCAAGAGAAAGGGAGACUAUUUUUGAAAGACUACUUGAACGACUUUCACUUUUAUUUCAAGAAUGAAGAACUUGUGGUUUUGACAAAGAAUUUUCAGGAACUUGAAAAGAAUAUUCAGGCACUAGCUUCCCGACUUAAUGGCAAGGAACAUGUUGCUCUUGAUAAUGAUGUGUCUGAAGGUCUUGCCGCUGCUCUUCAACAAAUAGAAGAAGAUUCAGAUCUGCUUGUGAAAUUGUCACAUGAUGAAAAAUCUAUAACUAUUGAAGGAGUGAGAGAGGAUGUAGCAAUAGCUAAAAGAAAAAUCUUGGAGAUGAAAGAUGAAUUUUUACUCAUUAGUGAUUCCUUUUCUGUUGAUGGACAAGUGGCAGUAUUUAUCAAGAGUCAUUUGUUAGACAAGUUUUACAAUUUGUUUUCUGAUAUAAAAGUUGAAAACAAAUUAAACCAGACGGAGAAACUACUUGCUUCUGUAAAGGGUACAAAGAGCAAGGUUGCUGAGGUUAAAAGUAAAUUCAAAGCAUUUGUUGGUCGUAUUACUUUAAGAGAAAUGGAUUAUUCUUUGAGUCCACCUCAAGCCUAUUUGUUGUCCAAGGGGAUGGAACUUUACACUUCUGUACGGGACAAGAUCAAGGCAUUUGAAAUAGAGAAAAAGUGUUCAGUUAUCUUUCGUGUCAAUAGCACCGAGGUGACAACAGCUGAUGAUUCUAUGAAUAAUGACUUGAGUUCUAGGGCUGCUGUGUCAGCAGCAGGUGAAAUUGUAAUCAAUUUGUCAGACAGUUGCAAACUUCACAUUAAAAAUUCCAAAGAUAUCACAAAUGAGAAUUCCGAUGUCCUUGUAUGCCCGAUAAUGGAAGAGACAAAUCAACAUACCACUGUGCUGAACCGUUUUAAGAAUCUGUGUCCUGGCAUCAUUGAAGAACUGGCAUCUGAAAAAGAAAAGAACCCUUCCAGCAGAACGUAUGUGACACGCCAGAGUCUGGGUAAUCUGAGAUGCAAGGCUGUGGUGCAUGUGGUCCUUAAAAAGAGUCGUGAUCCCAGCAGUGACCAAGACUUGAAGCAACAGAUUGUGAAUGCUCUGCAACAAGCAGUCAUGCUAGGAACAGAAGCAAAAUCAAUUUCGUUCCCAGUCAUGGGUUAUGGCAGAGCAUUUAAGUUCUCUGUACAAUCAGCAGCUAGGAUAGCAGUGGAUGCAGUGAAACUCUUUGUAAGGUCUUCCCCGACUAGCAGCCUCACAGACAUUGUGUUUUUGGCCCCAGAAGAUACUCUGUUCAAGCAGUUUCAGCAGUGCUUGGGUUCUUCAUCUGCACCUGCUGCUGAGAAACGCCGUGCCCCUCCUGUAAACUUUGAUGUAUUGGUAGCGGGGACCAAGGAUACUGAUUUUGUACAAAUUAAGUCAGAAUUAUGGAGAGAACUUGAAGUGAAUUGUCUGGGUUACAAGGAGUUCAACCAAGAUAUUCUGAAGGAUUUCCCUAGUGAUUUUCAUAAGGAGGUAAUGAAAGAAGCAAAGAGGUUUGGGGUGUGGGUGGAAAAAAACAAAGGAAACAAAGCUGGAUACAGGAUCUGGGGUACUGUUGAAGGAAAGCAACAAUUGAUAGGAGCCAUCCAAACACGCCUUACGCCGAUGCUGAAACAAUUUGAAAAUCGAAUAAAAUUCUUCAAAGAAAAGAGAGGCACGAUAGAAUUCAUAAGACGUGCUGCAAAGUCAGAUGAUGAUUUUCCUUCUUAUUGGUCAGUGAAGUCAUCCAAUGAGGGAUCACAGGCUUCCAAGAAAGUUAAUGUGGGUAAACAGACAAGUAAAGCUAUACAAGAUAUGAUCCAGAAGCUUUUUAAUGAAAGAAAUGUAGGUACUGGUAGUGAUGCACAAGGUCUUUCCCACAAAAGUAUCAAGGUCAUUAAGAUAAAGAGGUUGGAAAACUGUGACUUGUUUGCAAAGUAUGCAUUCCAAAGACGACGGUUACUUAUGAGGAAGGCUAAUGAAGGGCAUGCUUGUUCAGACAUAAGGAAACUAAAGUCAGCAAUAGAAUCGCUCACAUCUAGCAGUGGUGUUGCCUCUACAGAAAAUCUUGAAAGUUUCAUGACAACCGAACUUUUAUGCCACGAAAUCAACGAACAUUACUUGUUUCAUGGAUGUGGAGACCUGGCUUUGGCAGAUAUCUCGAACAAUGGGUUCGACCCUAGAGUCUCCAAUCCUGGAAUGUUAGGAAGAGCUACAUAUUUUGCUGAGAACCCAACCAAGUCUGACCAAUACGCAGAUGUAAAAGGUAGUAGAUCUCCCGUUGGCACCAAGCUCAAAAUGAUUCUGGCCAGGGUCCUUCUCGGAGAUACUUUUUUAUGUGGCAAGGAUUUUGUCACUAACGCAAAGAGAGGCCCUACUUUGGUUCGCCCACCUUGCAAGGCUUGUUUCAAAACCCUGUGCAGGUGCAGGAACAAGAAGCAUUUUGACUCUGUGAUGGGCCAAGGAUGGUUGUUUCGGGAGUUUGUGAUCUACGACGGAGAUGUUUGCUACCCAGAGUACAUCAUUACAUACGUCCGAGAAUAAAAGCGCACCAGCAUCUAUGGUGCAGUGAUUAGGUGCUUUGCUGCAAAGGACCUGAGUAUGGUUCCCAAGUGGGGAGAAUAUUUGUCAAGUAUCGCAGUCUGUCAACUGAGAUGUUGUAUACCUCUCAGCCUCCUAAAUGAUCUAAAUAAUUGUGUCACAACACGAUGGAAUCAGGCUCUCGUCAAAUUUUGGGCAUAUAGAGUUAUUUAGAUAAUCUGAAAGCGUGUUCAUUUGUUUUGCAUUUGGUGAAAAAAUACCCCUCUAUCCUGAAUUAGAGUCGAAAUAUUUGCAGUUGAAGGUGGUGGUGGUCGCCUGGUAUGAGAGGUUAAAACUAGCAAGAUAAAGGCCGCUUUGUUGGCUUCCAAAGUUUGACUGUCCUUGAAGACUGGAAAUUUACAUUUUUUGUGCCUUUAAUGGGGGUUUUGCGGUGACAUCUACUCAGAAAUGCAUUUUUAAAAGGACAUAAAAGGUGUUGAUCCUAAAAUAGAAAAUAGAAAAUAAAUUACCCAACACCCAGAAAAAUGCUGUUUUCUUUGAUUUCAUUAUUUUGACGAGUUCCUGGCUUCACCACGCUGUGGCGACAGAUUAAUAAAAACCUGAGUGUAGGCUACAAUAUUGGAGAGAACAAGCCAAAGGCCAGUAAAGGAAGAUAUACAGGUGAA